GGAGUUACACUGGCCGGACCCUACCUAUAUGAUUGGUGUCUGAGGAAAAAAACAGGAUUCCCCUUGCCUCAAAGAGUCUACAUGUCUAAUAUUUAGACAUGUUCAGCUUUGUGGAUAUUCGGUUAGGGCUGUUGCUCGCAGCAGCAGUUCUUGUGGUGAGAGGACAAGAGGAAGAUGAUAGCACAUUCGGUAGCUGUACUUUGGACGGCCAGCUGUAUAACGACAAGGAUGUAUGGAAACCGGAGCCAUGCCAAAUUUGCGUUUGCGACAGCGGAACCGUUAUGUGCGACGAGGUGAUUUGCGAGGAUACGUCCGACUGCGCCAAUCCAGAGAUUCCCGACGGCGAAUGCUGCCCUAUCUGCCCUGACGACAUUUAUGAUCCAGAGCCAACUACUGGACCAGAGCCUCCCAUUCUGCCUGGACCUAAAGGCGACAGGGGUCUUCCUGGACCUCCUGGAAAUGAUGGCAUUCCUGGGCAGCCCGGCCUUCCCGGGCCUCCUGGACCCCCUGGACCUCCAGGCCUUGGUGGCAACUUUUCACCACAAAUGUCCUAUGGCAGUGAGAAAUCAAGUGGAAUAAGCCUUCCAGGACCACCGGGUCCUCAGGGACCUCGUGGCCCCCCUGGACCUUCAGGCUCCUCAGGCCCUCAAGGAUUCACUGGCCCCCCAGGCGAGCCUGGUGAGCCCGGUCCUUCUGGUCCCAUGGGUUCCCGUGGCCCCCCUGGCCCCCCUGGAAAGAACGGAGAUGAUGGUGAGGCUGGUAAAUCUGGUCGCCCUGGUGAGCGUGGUGCUGCUGGCCCUCAGGGUGCUCGUGGAUUUCCCGGAACCCCUGGACUGCCUGGCAUCAAGGGACACAGAGGUUUCCCUGGUCUAGAUGGUGCUAAGGGAGACUCUGGCCCAGCUGGACCUAAGGGUGAGCCUGGUAUUCCUGGUGAUAACGGUGUUGCUGGUGCUAUGGGCCCUCGUGGUCUGCCUGGUGAGAGAGGUCGCCCUGGUCCCUCUGGACCUGCUGGUGCUCGUGGUAACGAUGGUACCUCUGGCCCUGCUGGACCACCUGGACCCACUGGCCCUGCUGGUCCUCCUGGAUUCCCUGGUGGUGCUGGAGCUAAGGGAGAGACUGGUGCUUCUGGAGGCCGUGGCUCAGAGGGACCCCAGGGAGCCCGUGGUGAGCCUGGUAACCCCGGCCCUGCUGGACCUGCCGGACCUGCUGGUGCCCCCGGAUCUGAUGGUUCCCCAGGUGCCAAGGGUUCUCCUGGUGCCGCUGGUAUUGCUGGUGCUCCUGGUUUCCCUGGUUCUCGCGGACCCGCUGGACCCCCAGGACCUGGUGGUGCUCCUGGUCCCAAGGGUAACAAUGGCGAUGUCGGUGCCCAAGGACCCAAAGGAGAGCCUGGUGCCAAGGGAGAGCCUGGCCCAGCUGGAGCCCAGGGUCCUCCUGGCCCUUCCGGUGAGGAAGGCAAGAGAGGAGCCCGUGGUGAGCCCGGUGGUGCUGGACCUGUUGGACCUCCUGGAGCUCGUGGUGCCCCUGGUGCCCGCGGUUUCCCUGGUGCUGAUGGAGCUCCUGGCCCUGGUGGUGCCCCAGGUGAGCGUGGUGCCAAUGGACCUGCUGGAGCUCAGGGAGCCACUGGUGAGGCUGGUCGCCCAGGAGAGCCUGGACUGCCUGGAUCUAAGGGUGUGACUGGUAGCCCUGGAAGCCCUGGACCUGAUGGCAAAGUUGGACCUGCUGGUAUCUCUGGACAAGAUGGCCGCCCUGGACCACCUGGCCCUGCUGGAUCUCGUGGUGCUCCUGGCGUGAUGGGAUUCCCUGGACCCAAAGGAGCUGAUGGUGAGGCUGGUAAGCCUGGUGAGAGAGGAGUUGCUGGACCUCCCGGUGCCCUCGGUGCCCCUGGCAAAGAUGGUGAUGUUGGUGCUCCUGGUGCUCCUGGCCCCGCUGGACCUGCUGGAGAGAAAGGAGAGCAGGGACCUGCUGGCCCACCUGGAUUCCAGGGUCUGCCUGGAGCUCAGGGAGCUACUGGUGAGGCUGGCAAGCCUGGUGAGCAGGGUGUGCCUGGAGAGGUUGGUCCUCCUGGACCCUCUGGAGCCAGAGGUGAUAGAGGCUUCCCAGGUGAGCGUGGUGCUCCUGGCCUGGCUGGACCUGCUGGCCCUCGUGGUGCUCCCGGUUCCGCCGGUAACGAUGGUCCUAAGGGUGAGCCAGGUGCUGCUGGAGCCCCUGGUGGAGUUGGUGCCGCUGGUAUGCAGGGUAUGCCUGGUGAGCGUGGAGCUUCUGGUAUGCCUGGUGCUAGAGGAGACAGAGGUGAACCUGGUGCCAAAGGCCCUGAUGGUGCCCCUGGCAAAGACGGUCUCCGUGGUUUGACUGGUCCCAUUGGACCUCCUGGCCCUUCUGGUGCUCCUGGUGAAAAGGGUGAGCCUGGCGCCGUUGGACCUGCUGGAAUCACUGGACCUCGUGGUGCCCCUGGUGAGCGUGGUGAAGUUGGUGCCCCUGGACCUGCUGGUUUUGCUGGACCACCUGGUGCCAAUGGUCAGCCUGGUGCUAAGGGAGAGAGUGGUGACAGUGGACCCAAGGGUGAUGCUGGUCCUCCUGGACCUACUGGACCUGCUGGUGCUGCUGGACCUCAGGGUCCUUCUGGUGCUACUGGACCCAAAGGAGCACGUGGUGGUCCUGGACUUCCUGGUGCCACUGGUUUUCCUGGUGCUGCCGGCAGAGUUGGACCUCCUGGCCCAGCUGGUGCUUCUGGCCCUCCUGGACCUCCUGGCCCUGCUGGCAAAGAUGGACCAAGAGGUGCUCGUGGUGAGAAGGGUCCUGCUGGUCGACCUGGUGAGGCUGGUGCUGCUGGACCUCCAGGACCCUCUGGAGAGAAGGGCUCUUCUGGUUCUGAUGGUCCCGCUGGUCCUGCUGGUCCUCCUGGACCUCAAGGUUUUACAGGAGGCAGCGGUAUUGUGGGUCGUCCAGGAUCAAGAGGAGAAAGAGGUCUCAGUGGUCUCCCUGGCCCAUCUGGAGAGCCUGGCAAGCAGGGACCUCCCGGACCUGCUGGUGCUACCGGACCCCCUGGUCCUGCUGGCCCCCCUGGACUGAGUGGAGCACCUGGUGAGGCUGGUCGUGAGGGUAACCCUGGUCAUGAUGGUGCUCCUGGUCGUGAUGGUCCCCCAGGUCCCAAGGGUGACCGUGGUGAGUCUGGAAACGCUGGUCAACCUGGUGCUCCUGGUGCUCCUGGUGCCCCUGGCCCUAUGGGCCCAUCUGGCAAAACUGGUGAUCGUGGAGAGGCUGGUCCUGCUGGUCCCGCUGGCGCAUCUGGACCUGCUGGCGCCCGUGGUGCAGUUGGUCCUGCCGGUGCCCGUGGAGACAAGGGUGAAGCUGGAGAGACUGGAGACAGAGGCAUGAAGGGACACCGUGGCUUCUCUGGCAUGGCUGGUUUGCCUGGACCUCCUGGUCCUCCAGGAGACCAUGGACCUGCUGGUCCUUCCGGCCCUGCUGGACCUCGCGGCCCUUCUGGUUCUUCUGGCUCUCCUGGAAAGGAUGGCAUGAACGGUUUGCCUGGACCCGUUGGACCCCCUGGACCCCGUGGUCGUGCUGGAGAGAUGGGCCCUGCUGGUGCUCCUGGUCUUCCUGGACCCCCAGGUCCUCCUGGACCUGCUGGCCCUGGCGAGCCAUUUUUCCCUAUUCCUCAGCCUGAGAAGGCCCACGAUCCUAUCCGUGGCUACAGAGCUGAUGAUCCCAACAUGAUGCGUGACCGUGAUAUGGAGGUGGACACCACCCUGAAGAGCCUUAGCCAGAAGAUUGAGAAUUUCCGCAGUCCCCAGGGAACCAAGAAGAACCCUGCCCGCAUGUGCCGUGACAUUAGGAUGUGCAACCCUGAAUGGAAGAGUGGCUCAUACUGGGUUGACCCCAACCAGGGAUCUCCUUUGGAUGCCAUCAAGGUCCACUGUAACAUGGAGACCGGUGAGACUUGUGUGUACCCAUCUAGGUCUAGCAUUCCUCUGAAGAACUGGUACGUCAGCAAGAACAUCAAGGAGAAGAAGCACAUCUGGUUCGGCGAGUCUAUGCCUGAGGGCUUCCAGUUCCAGUAUGGCACUGAUGGUGCUGAUCCAGAGGAUGUGAACAUCCAGCUGACCUUCAUGCGUCUCAUGUCCAAUGAGGCAUCUCAGAACAUCACCUACCACUGCAAGAACAGCAUUGCCUACAUGGACCAGGCCACAGGCAACCUGAAGAAGGCUCUGCUCCUGCAGGGCUCCAACGAUAUCGAGAUCAGAGCCGAGGGCAACAGUCGCUUCACAUACAGCGUCAGCGAAGAUGGCUGCACGUCACACACUGGUGCAUUGGGCAAGACAGUCAUUGAGUACAAGACAACGAAAACAUCUCGUCUGCCCAUUAUUGACAUUGCUCCUAUGGACGUUGGUGCUCCUGAUCAGGAAUUCGGCAUAGAAGUUGGCCCAGUCUGCUUCUUGUAAAAAGAGAAACAUGGACAUGAAAAAUGUUGUUGUUUUUUUUUCUAGCAGUCAUCUCCAAAUCUUUUUCUGUGCAUUAAAACAAAAAACAAAACUCUCAUUUGGCUGCAAUUGAUGCACGUGCUUAAACCUACAUCCCUGAAGACGGUGCUUGAGUGUUUUUUAUCUUGAGAAACAUUCUGCUUUUUGAAUUUUUCGAGGACCACUAUGUCAACCAGCAUCGACAUCAUGGACACUUAGCAAGAAACCUUUGCAUCAGCUGACCACAAGAAAAUAAUAUAUACUUGUAAAGUAUAAGAUUUCCCCGGAGCCAAAAGAGAAAAGAACCCCAAACGUAAUGAAAUACCGGUGACUUUUAUUACCACUGCGGAAGGACAAUGAAAAACAACCAAAUGCUAUGUACCAUACUCUGGUGUUAAAUAAAUUUGAAAAAAUGACAUUCAGUUGCCUGAUUCUUCUGACCACAAGGGGGAAAAAGCAAACUUUUUGCCUUUUUUAAAACUAGAUGUGAUACAAGGUCAAGGGUUCAGUUUCAUUUUGAAAUCGUUAAGGCUACCUCAGAGAGAAGAAAUCCAUGUUACCUAAAGGGGGGUGACACUAGGUCAGGUUUUUAUACUCCGUAAGAUUAAAUAACUAAAACACAAGUAACAGAAAGGUGCUAUUUCCUCUAGAGGGAGUGUGUGAGAGUCACCCUUCUCACCCAUUGAUUACUGUCACUUGUGCCUGUUUGGUGCUAAAUGUCAACAAAAUGUCAUGCUGUCAAUGUGAUACAUCUGUGUUCUUAGUUAAGUGUAGGUUGAAAUAGACUGAACAGGAUGCUUACUGUAGAUGUAAUCCACUCAGUCAUGUCUGAUGUAGCUUAAGUAAGUGUAUUCAUCAUCACUUUCUCUAAUUUGCCAGCCCAGGUUUGAUUGAAGUUUCUUGACAAAAUUUGACCCCUCCUGCCCCCACCUCAUUCUUUUUUGUUUGUUCUUUUCCUUACAAUGCACAUCCUCCUUUC